AUGACUCACGCGACUCCUUUCUCCUCCAAUGCUUCACGCUCCACCCCACAAACCCUAAUAACACCCUCCUCGCUCCCCUUCCCUCGAUCCCCUCCCCCGCCGUUGGCUCCGCCUACGCCAUCCUCGGCCCCACCAUCUAUGUCCUCGACAGCUCCAUCCACGACCUCCCCUCCCCCAACAUCUGGCUCAUUGACUGCCACUUCAACCGCUGGCUCCGCAGUCCCUCCAUGUGCGUCAGCUGCGAAUUCGCCACCGCAGGAGUCCUCCACGGCAAGAUCUACGUCCUUGGUGGCUGCAUCGCUGGCAUUUGUGGAUGCACGUCGUGAGAAGAGGAGGCAUUUGGUGGAAAUGCUAAUUCGUCACAAGGAGUACUACAUUCGCAUCGUCGAUUUGGAAGUCAACAUUGUUCUCGAGCUUGCCGAGCAGUUAGGCCUUCUCGGCCAGGCCUUGCACUCUGGCCGAGCCCAAUAUGUCUCCCUGGAUUUUUGCAACAAGGCCCAAGUUCUAAAAGCGUUGGAGGGAGUUGAGGUAGUGUUCCACAUGGCUGCUCCAAACUCUUCCAUUAACAACUACCAGCUUCAUCAUUCCAUCAAUGUGCAAGGGGCGCAUAAUGUCAUCGAUGCUUGCAUGGAGUUGAACGUGAAGCGUCUCAUUUACACUAGCUGUCUCGUUUACCCUAGCUUUCCCAGCAUCUUCUUCGAUGAUGUUCAUGGAAUUCAUAAUGGAAAUGAAACAAUGCCUUAUGUGCAUUCACCUAAUGAUCAUUAUUCAGCAACGAAAGCCGAGGGUGAGGCAUUGGUUAUUAAAGCUAAUGGGACUAAUGGGCUCCUAACGUGCUACAUACGCCUUAGCAGCAUUUUUGGGCCUGGUGAUAGGUUGUCGAUGUCUUCACUAGUUGCUGCUGCCAGAAAAGGGGAAUCUAAGUGGUGCUGA